CGGAAGCCAGGCUAUCUACUUCCGCCUCCAGCGUUCCACGCGUAGAGCUUCCGGGCAUUCCCGGCCGUCUCCAGCGCAUGCAAUGGCCACUUCUUUGGCGGGGAAGAAGAUCGUGUUUGUGACGGGAAACGCAAAGAAGCUGGAGGAGGUCAUUCAGAUUCUAGGAGAUAAGUUUCCAUGCACUUUGGUGGCACAGAAAAUUGACCUGCCUGAGUAUCAGGGAGAGCCGGAUGAAAUCUCCAUACAGAAGUGUCGGGAGGCCGCUCGCCAGGUGCAGGGUCCUGUACUGGUGGAGGAUACCUGUCUGUGCUUUAAUGCCCUCGGGGGGCUCCCUGGCCCCUACAUAAAAUGGUUCCUAGAGAAGCUAAAGCCUGAAGGUCUCCACCAGCUCCUGGCCGGCUUUGAGGACAAAUCAGCCUACGCACUGUGCACAUUUGCUCUCAGCACCGGGGACCCAAGCCAGCCAGUCCUCCUGUUCAGGGGUCAGACCUCGUUUCUCUGUUGACAACCUCCAGGAUCUUGUGGAUAGUACUGCCGUGACCUGAGAGUGCGGAUGAGUCAAGAGCCUGUUUUCAGCUCUUUUGGUUACACAUGUGGUGAGUGGUAGGGCCGGCUGGUUUCACAGCCCAGUUAACAUUGUCCGCAGUGAGCUGUGCUGCCCGUGGCUUUCCCAGAAGUCUCCAGUUGGCCACUUCCUGCAGUGACUAAGUAGCAACUGCCUUAGACCGGCUGGUACUGCCUUAGACCGGCUGGUACUGCCGUCCCUCCCUCUCUGGUCCAGCUGUGGCUGCCCGUGCUCUUUCCUGCUGACCAACUUCCGGUCUCCGUGAGGUGGUCUCGUUUCUCCAUCCUCUUCUGUUCUCCCGGUGGGCUCGUUGUCUUUGGUGUCCUUGUUACACACUGUCAAGUGGUACAUGAACAGCAUUGUCCUUGUAGUAGCCGUUUGCCUUAAGACAUCCGUUGUAGAAGGAGGAGUCUGGGUUUGCUGGGACCUCAGGCCGAGAGUGUGGACAGCUGUAGUGAGGCUCCGAGCGCUUCAGUCGUUGGCUUUGGUCACAUAGCUCCCCACUAGUAAAAGCAUAAUUUCCCUUUGGCACUGUGUAACUUGGCGUUUAUUUCUGUGUUUAAUCUCCGUUAUUUAUAACCGCCCUUGUCACUGUCCUGUGCCUUCUUCUCCCCAACAUACCAGGUGCUAGGAUGUGAAGCCAGGUCCUCUACACACUAGGCAGGCACUCUGUCCCUGGCCUCUAUUCCCAGCUCCUCCUUUUUUGUUGGUUUUUGUCUUGAAACAGGGUCUUGCUGUUGCCUGUGCUGGUCACAAACUCACCUUGUAGCCCAGAUUGGCUUUGAACUCGGAGUACUCUGUCUCGGCCUGGGAGCUGGGGUGACGCCUGCUUCAGUGUGGCUGGCUUUGUCUGGAGUGUAGUGGUGGUGUGCUGCCCGGGUCUCCGCUAACCUAGCUCUCCCCUUGAGCUUCAUCCCUAACCCAGAGCAGACUUGGUACUUGAUAACAUGGCAUUUCAUGACACUGCUUGUCAUCUUGGUGACAUUUUCAUGUUUGUAUUGUGUGCCCUUCCCCCUUUUCAGCAGGCUCACUAUGUAGCCCUGGCUGGCCUGGAACUCGAUCUGUAGACCAGGCUGGCCUCGAAUUCACAGAGAUCCGCCUUCGCCUGCCUCCUAAAUGUUGGGGUUAAAGGUAUGCCACCAUGCCCUGCUAAACUAGUCGCUCAGGCCGUUCUCAACCCUAUAGCUGAGGAUGACCUUGAAGGUCUAGUCUCUAUCUCCCAAGUGCCUUGUGCAUGCUGGGGAGCCCGGCAGCACCUAACCACAUCCUCAGUUCUUCCCUCUAUUGUAAGAAAUACCACGAACAGUUCAGGACCCUUACCUUGCUAUCAGGAGCAAAUUUUCUAAAAGUGUGUGUGUGUGUGUGUGUGUGUGUGUGUGUGUGUGUGUGUUGUGUGUGUGGAGGUCAGAGGUUGCCUUUUAGGAGGUGGCUCUCGUAGCUACCUUGGCAUCUAGGGAGUGAAAUCAAGUAGUCCGUGCAGCAAGCACUUACCUACCUGCUGAGCCACCUUUCCAGCCACAUGUUUUCUGUCACAUUUUCAAAACUGGCCCAGCUUUCCUUCAGUUAGGUUACAGUUUAUCAGGACUACAGAAAGAAGGUCAUCGCAGUGGUAUCGGUAGGCCAGUCAAAAGCAAAGUCCCCCUCCCAGGCCUGCUCUGUGUCCUCUGCUGUGUGUCUGUGUGCACAUGCAUGAACAUACGGAGGCCGGGGUACGACCUCAGGGUGCUGUCCAUCUUGUGGUAUUAGUUUUUUUGUUUGUUUACGAGUUCUCACUGUGUAGACUGGGCUAACCUUGAACUCACAGAGAGCCA